CUCAGGAAAUAAAACUUCUCACAUAGGUGGUGGCAAUGGUUUUGCCAAGAGAGCCUCAAAUUGCUUAAGAAUCCUCUCCCAUCUGGGGACACUCUUAGCAACCAGGAAGCCAUCCAUCAAGAUCAAGCUCUUUCCUCAUGCCUAUCUCAUACAGACAUCAUGGCAAAUAAUAACUACUCCCACUUCCAACACCUUUACUUUGUCUUAACUGGGAUUCCAGGGCUUGAACAAAUGUACUACUGGAUGGCAUUCCCACUGGGUGCUAUCUAUGUUAUUGCCCUCUUUGGGAAUAGUGUCAUCAUCUCUACCAUCAAGUCUGAAUCGUCCCUGCAUAUCCCCAUGUACUACUUUCUGUGUAUGCUGGCUCUGGCAGACAUGGGACUUGCCCUCUGUACUUUGCCCUCUAUGCUAGGCAUAUUCUGGUUUAACUACAAAUCCAUUGCCUUUGAUGCCUGCCUUGUUCAGAUGUACUUCAUCCACACCUUUUCGGCCAUUGAGUCUGGCGUGCUGGUGGCCAUGGCCUUUGAUCGGGUGGUGGCAAUCUGGACCCCCCUCAGGUAUAGCACCAUUUUAACCAAUGGUGUAGUCUUCAGAACAGGGGCAGUCAUCUUGACAAGGGCAGUCUGUGUGGUCUUCCCUGUGCCUUUUCUCAUCAAACGGCUCCCCUUCUACCGAUCCAAUGUCCUGUCCCACUCCUUCUGCCUCCACCAAGAUGUGAUGCGCCUUGCCUGUGCCAGUACCCGUGUUAACAGUCUCUAUGGCCUCAUUGCUGUAAUCUUCACCAAGGGCUCUGACUCCCUCUGCAUCCUCCUCUCCUAUGUCUUCAUACUCCGAACAGUAAUGGCCAUGGCCUCAAGGGAGGGCCGGCUGAAGGCACUCAACACCUGUGUUUCACACAUCUGUGCUGUACUCAUCUUCUAUGUGCCACUCAUCGGGGUGUCUGUCAUCCAUCGUUUUGGAAAGCACCUUUCACCACUGACUCAUGUCCUCAUGGCUAAUGCCUACCUUCUUAUACCCCCUGUGCUGAACCCCAUAGUCUAUACUGUGAAGACCAAGGAGAUACGAAGGAAGAUCAUCCAGAUAUUUGUUCGAACCAAGAUUACUUCAGAGAGUUAAGGUCCACCAGGUUGAGAGAGGAAGAGUCUAUUCUGUAAAAGCUCAAUUAUGAAUAUAAUGAAUAAAGGUUUAUAAUUUUUUCACAUUUCCGUGUGAUCUGAAUUGGGCAAAAGAAGAUUUCCCUGCUCUCACAGUAUACUUUCCUAUUGCUGUGCCAAGCUGUUUUUUGCCCAGUAAAGGAAGAAUGGCAUCUGUAGGAACUGUUCAAUGUCCUGCUCUUUAGCCCUGCAUUUGACAUAUUACUGCUCAAGACAGAGAAUAUUAUUAAUUCCAUUUUAAAUAACUCUUUUAAACAGAAAUAGGCCAUUAGUUUUAUGCUUUCUAAACUAAAGCUUAUUAAAUUGAUUUAAUUUAACAUUGUAGCUCAGAAGUUAGAAAUGACUUCUAUCAGCUUAAUAGGGAAGAGAUAAACUAUUCUCAUUAAAUAAUAAGAGAACACCUGGGGAUAAUACCUUAUUAAAUAAAAGAAGAAUCAGAAAAAUGACUAAGUCUUAAUAUUAAGAAUAUAAAUGUGUACAGUUGAGCAGGGACAAUGGUGUUGCAUAAUUUGGGAUCAAAAGAGUAAGGGGAAUUUUAGCUCUUUCAUGUGUGAUACUGGGUAUUCUCUUACUGCAAUUUUAAAUUUUGAAAAUGGAAAUAAUAUCACUUGGCUUCCAGUGUUGUACAAAAUUAAAUUAAAUCAUAUGAAUACAAUUAUUUGUAAACUCUGAAGUGUUGUGCACCGAUAAGAAGUGUUCAAAAAUAUCACGUGUAAGAGAAUAAGAGAACAUGUAUUUAUAGACUUGCCACUAAGUAAAAGGGACAGUACCAGAGCCUUUUACAUGUUAUCUUAUUUGAUAAUUAUGGCAUCCCUAUAAGGGAGAAUGUUGUCCACUUUUUUUAGGUGAACAUAGUAAGGCAAAAAGCAAUAUAUUUUUUGGCCUAGACUCAGGCAGGCAGAUUUCCUGAAGAAUGAUGGAUACCAUCUACAUUGUGGAAAACAAAAAAAAAUGGGACAGUUAGAAUGGGAAAGACACUUAUUGUAGAGGUUUAAAAAUAAUUAUGAAUAUUGUUUGAAGACAAACUAAGUAUAGGAAGUAGGAGAAACAAGGCACAUGUGUACACAGAGUUAUUUGUGUCCUUUUACAUGGUCUAGAUGACUUUUUCCAAAGUAUUUACUAUUUGUUAAAAUCUAAGACAAAAGAUUCUUUGUGACUUGAGUCGUAAUUGUAAUUAUCUGUUAAUCAAAUCAGUGGCUAUUUUAGAAGUUUAUUAGGGCAGACCCUAGCUUAGUUAAGAUUAAUGUAGUAAGAGGAUGCAUACAAAAAAUGAAUAUUUCCAUUUAAAUACUGUUUUCAGGUUCAAGAGGCCUUACUGAAUUAGUAUCAGGUUCAUAAAAAGAAUCUUUAUUAUUCUUUUCUAUUUCUAUAAGAAACAUAAGCAGACAUUUAACAAAACCAAAAAGUAUAAAAAACAACAUUUAAAUAUGCUGGACUCUGAGGAGAGCUGAGCUCUCCCACUCCUGCAGGCACUUGUUAAGAGUUUGCCAACACAGCUGCAGUCCUGAGUCUGGGGAGGGGAAUGCAACUCAGAGCUAGGGCUCAUUCUGUUCUUUGGAUGUCAGGGGAGGGUCCUUAGAAGCAGUGCUAACUGAUCAGUAUCCUCAGGACUCAUCUCCAUGAGGACUUUAGGAUCUUGGGUGUUUUCACCCAUAUGUGGUGCUUGAAAUUUAAUCUAUGCCAAAAAAUUCUAAAUCACACUCUACCUUUUAGAGGCAAAUAGAAAUGUUCUUCAUAGUCAUUGUCUUUGGUGCUUUAGUACAUGAAUACUAAGUUUGAAACUAGGGUACUUGUGCAGGAGUUAGUGGGUUUUCCUGUCUUUUUCUGUUUCCUUCACUUUUCUUUACAGACGAUCAUAAUGAUAGCCACAGCAAUGGUAGUGCUAGCAGCAGUAGCAAUACCAUCUACUAAAUAAUAACCACAGUAACUGGUGUUUUAGACAUGGUCUCAUUAUUCCAAGAAUUAACUCUAUGAGUGCAUAUAUUGAGAGCAAGGGCUUAGGUGUCGUACACCCCGGGUUGAAGUUCUGGCUGUGCCACUUAUUCUCUGUGUGGUGUGAGUAAGAGAUCUAAUUUCUUUAAUGGUAAUUGUUCUAAUCAACAAAGUUUGAAUAGGACUAUUGUGUAUUUUGUAGAGCUAUAGAGAUUAAAAGAGUUAAUGCAUUUAAGGCUUAGCUCAAGGCCUGGAAAUAAUAAGCACUGAAUAAAUAUCUGUUGUUAUUAUUAUUGUUAUUAUUCUCAAUUUAAAACUCACACACACACUUUGGCAGAGCGCAAUUAUGUAACUUGGUCGAGCUCACAUAGCAAGUAGGUGGGCACAGCCACAAUUUGAAAACACACCAUUACUCUAGCUCUAAGAUUAACAAGCAAGGGACUGUAAAUAUUUGUAAUUCAUAUAAAUAAAUCAAGUUGAAGGAUGAUUAAAGGGAAAAUAUUUGAUUUGUUAAUUAGAAAAAAGUCUGGUCAUGGAAAACAUAGAUUUCAUGUAGCAAUGGAGACAAAAGUCAGACUGCAAGAGUUAGAGAAGGUGCUGCAAAGUGAGGAUGUGGAUUAUGUGUGUAGACUGUCAGUAAAGAAUUUACAUUUUUUUAUUUUGCUAUGCUAUGGUCCUAUCAGAAAGCGAGAAAAUGGUGGUAUUAAAGGGCACUUUCAGAUACUUGUCCCUGUUAUCCCAGUUUGUGAACAUUAGAAAUAUAUUCUAUGGUGGCUGGUUUUUAUCCUUAGAGUGACAGUUUUCAAAUUUUUGUUUGUACAUCUGCAUAAGA